GUCUGAGCUGUCAAACUGGUAAUGCAAUUGGUAUGGAAUGACGUUUACGUCACCAAAAAACAGAAAGUAAAUAAAAAUGUGUGUUGAUUUAGUUUAGCCCAAUUGAAAGCUGAAUUUUUUAGUGAUAUAUUGCGAGUUUUGAACUAUGGGAAAUGAUCAGUCGCAUAUAAAAGGACUGGAAGUUGAUAAGAAAGCCAUCGAUUCGACGGAAUUUUGGUCGAUUUACAAUGGAGAAUUGAAGAAUGAAAAUAUCCCAACCACACUGAUAACUAUAUUUCAAGGUGAACAAGUUGUUAAAGGGCAACUAUGGUCAAGUAAAAGCCCAUUGGAACGAGCCACACGGAAUUUCAUGCUCUAUCGUCAUCCAUCGAUUCUGCGAUUCAUCACAUCAUGGGAAAAGGGCUCCGUACAUUACUUGGCGACAGAACGAUGCAAAACCUUGUCGAUGGUGUUGGCAACGCAGAACGAUACACAAAUAUGCCUAGGGCUACGGAAUAUAUUGUGUGCGUUGAUAUUCUUGGUUGAGAAGGCGAAUAUGUGCCAUUUAAACGUUUGUACGUCAUCAGUUUACGUGAAUUCGAGUGGAUCAUGGCGAUUGGGUGGCUUCGAACACUUGUGGUCAAAGAAAGAGGUCAAUCAAACUCUGUUGGAACGAUCUCAGACGUAUCGAUACACAAAUGCACUGGACAAGGAUGAGACCAAACGUGAUUCAAUCCAUGGCAUUGAAUCGUUUGCAUUUGGCGUACUAUGUGAGGAGAUUUUAAGCAACCGGAAAAAUAGCUCAACUAUACCCCAUGUGGCCGAAUUUCGAAAGUACUGUGUUGAAUACUUGAGAAAUUCAAACGCAAAAAAUCGUCCAAGUCUGUCAGCCGUUUUACAACAUUCCUAUUUCAACCAAGACUUUGUACUGAUACAUUCAUUUUUAUCGGAACUGCCAUUGAAAAAUCAAAUUGAGAAGCAAACAUUCUUCACAGGCUUAGUAGAUCGACUGCGUGAAUUCGACGAAACGGUCAUUGGCACCGAACUCAUUGAAUUGAUUCUGUCGCGCAUGGUCUUACUGGAUGAAACUGCCAAAUUAUGCGUCUUACCAUUCGUAAUGCAGCCACGCAAUGAUUGCGAAUCCAAUUCAGCUUCAAUCACACCAAUCUUUUCAUCAGAAACAUUCACCAAAUUUGUUGCACCCAAGAUAAAGCAGUUGUUUUUAGUUCGUGACGUCCAAAUUCGUUUAGUGCUAUUAGAGUAUUUUGCGGCAUACAUGGAUUAUUUUGAAUCAAAAGAAGAUUUGACCAAACAAGUAUUGCCUCAGCUAUUGCUUGGCAUCAAAGAUACAAAUGACCAAUUGGUCGCAGCGACCCUACGAUGUUUAGCCGAUUUAGUUCCAAUUUUGGGUUCAUCAGUGGUCAUUGGAAGUAAUCGAUGCCGCAUUUUUGCUGAUGGCAAACCGUAUGGAGUUUUAGAGAAAAUGGACUUGGCACCUUCAGUUAAAUGGGCUGAGGUGCGUUCGAUAACACCUGUAAUGAAUGGUGCUGGAAUUGGUGCUGAUAUUGUCUCCAGUAGUCCUCUAUUGGUGUCUAGUAGUCCUCUGGCAACGGACACAGGCGGUGAUGUUAGUGACAGUUUUGUUUCGAUAGUGAAUUCGACAAAUGUAAAUGGCAAUGAAAAGGAUUUAAUGCCAGAACGACUGUCACCAGACGGAGCCGCCGUGGGAGAAGAUCUUCAAUUGAACAAUGAACAGGCGGAUCUCGAUGAAGAUGGAUGGAGCGACUGGGAAACCGAUCAACAAUCCAACGAAAUUCAAACCGAUGCAAAAGUUUUUGAUGACAAUGAAAACAUAAAUGAGAGUUCAACGAUCGUCACACCAAGCUACCAAAGAAACAUAUCAGUCAGCAGUUCAAACAGCACGGCAACCAAUCAGAAUAACGAAAGUUUCAUUAAAGACGUAAAAGAUAUCGAAAUUAAACCAAUUAACACACAUUUAAAUGAUGAGAUUGAUGAUUUUUUCAAAGAAAUGGAACCAGUUAUAGCGAUGCCCAGUUUGACAUUAGCACUAUUAAAUAACCUCACCACUACGGGUAAACCGUCACCCGGCGAAACAAAGAAACACGAUAUCGAAACCGAUGCAAAGAUUGAUCAAAAUCGAUUUGCUGUCACUGCUAGCCUAGAUGAUGAUACAUUCGACGAUGCCGCUUGGGGCAACGAAGCAAGUGAUUGGGAUAAUUAAAAUAAUUGUUUUUUAUUUGCUUUUUCUGUUUGUAUGUAAAUAAUUGAUAGACAAUUGAUCAUUUGACACUAAGAUUGAUUGCAAUGUAUUUUUGAAACGCAAAAAAAAUGAGAUUCUCUAAUAAACCAACGAUUACAAAUUGAAGGCAUAAUAAA